AUGGCCACGGAGGCAGUUCCUUCGACCUUGGCCGUCAAAACCCUAGGACCGGCUGUGAACCUGAGCUCCUACGGGGUCUUCUGCAAGGGACUCUCCCGCACCCUGCUCGCCUUCUUUGACCUGGCUUGGCAGCUGCGCAUGAACUUCCCAUACUUCUACAUCGCAGGCUCCGUGAUACUCAACAUUCGCUUGCAGGUACACAUAUAG